AGUUUUAUUCAGUGUCAAACUGUCAAUUUAGUUAGUAAUUCGGUAUUAUUUGAUUUUAUUAUAUUAUAUAGCUAUUUUUAAUAUUUUAACCUUUCUCUGUAUACUUAUAUUAUAAAGACUACUACAAACAAAUAUGGAAUGGUAGAAAAUAAGUUAUUAUUUUAAUAAUAAAAUAUUUAAUUACACUUAUUCUAAGCGGAAUACUUAGAUAUUAAAUUACUUAUUAUUUGAUAAAAUUUUACAAAAGAAUUGAAUCAUGGAGGAUAAUAAGAAAAGUAGCACCCCUACCAGUGUCGAAGACUUGAGAAACAAAGGAAAUGAUUGUGUUAAAGAAGGAAAGUUCAUUGAGGCAGUCCUUCACUAUACUCAUGCAAUUAAAAUGGAUCCUAACAAUUACGUUUUAUAUAGCAACAGGUCAUUUGCUUUUUUGAAAUUGGAUCAACAUUAUUUAUCACUUCAGGAUGCUAAUGAGACAAUAAGGUUACAACCACAAUGGACUAAGGGAUAUUUUCGAAGAGCUGAAGUGGAAUCAGCGAGUGGUUUAUAUGAUGAGGCUAUUAUAUCAUAUACAAGGGCCUUACAACUCGAACCACAUAACCCUAAGUUGAUAGAGUCUAUUAAAAAUAUUACUGAUAUGCAAAAACGGAAACUAAAAGAUAAUCAAAACAUUAUAUGGAUUUGCACAUGCCUGGGUUUGGCUAUGGGUAUAGGUAUUGUUUUAUUAGACUACACUUUAACUGCAAAUCCAACAUUGAUUCACCCACUCAGCAUGGUAGUAUUCGCAUUUGCCCUCGCAGCUAUAGGGUGGGCAAUAGGUAAAUCCGUCACUUUGAUGACAGCGUGGAGCGCCGGUAAAUCUCUACAACCACCUGAGGACUUAGGUGUAAAUGGCGUUUCUGAAGAAAAAGAUACUACUUUACCCGAAAAAAAGACUAAAUACAGCAAAGCGCAAGCAAGACAGAGAUAUAAGCAAGGAAAACUUUAGCUUUAUUUAAAUGUAUUCUAUUUUUUAAUUCAUUGCAUUACGUGAAAUUAUGUAAGUAACUCGGGAUACAUUUACGCAAUAAUUACUGUGACGUGUUCAUGUUUAGUGGAAAUGAAAUGUCAUUAAUUUGAAAUAUAUGAG